UAUACUAUGUGUUGCCUCCAAUGGUCCCAACCGGUCAACACCAAGUCAACGACUUGUUAUAGCAAGUGACCAUGACAUGUGUUAACACGUGAUUGGUCCAAAAUUAAAAAAAAAAAACCAAAACCCUUAACAGCCACCUCCUCCUCCCCUUCCUCACCCUUCCCCCAUCGUGAAACCCUAAGCAUAUCCCCCAGCCCACCGGAAACAUGCCGACGACCUCCCAUAACCCCCUGAAAACGACCGCCCGCCUCCCCUAACCCCCAAAAACGGCUGGCUGGAGCAGAUUUCACUCCAGGUGGAACACCAUGAUUUGAUUGAUGUAUAAUACAAUUUUGAGGGAUGGAUUAAACUGAGGAACAAUCAUUGGAGGAGGAGCACCAACAAGUCGAAACGAAGGUGGAGCGGGUUGAUCGGCGGCGGCUGAAAUGGUGGUGCAGAGGUCGGAGUAUGAGUUAUGGCGGGCAACUAACGCGAGGCGGGGAAAGAAGGGAGGGGGUGGGGUUGGAUUGGCUGGGUAGUUUAGGGUGUUGGGAGGGCCGGCCGGCUGACUUUGGGGGGUAGGGGAGGUCGUCGGCCGGUUCCUAGUGGGCUGGGGGAUAUGUCGAAGGUUUCACGGGCUCACAAUGGGGGAAUGGGGAGGGGGUGGCUGGGAAUGAUUUUUGGGUUUUUUAUUUCUUUUUAAUUUUUUUUUAAAUUUUAGAUCAAUCACGUGCUAACACGUGACUUUUAAAAAACAAAAAAAAAUUUUUACCCUUUUAGCAGGUAACCAUUCAUUGGGACUAUUAGAGGCAAACACAUAGUAUAGUUGGGAUUAUUAGAUAAUAAACCGUCCAUAAUUAGGAUUAUUAAAGUGUAUUUUACCGUAAUAACUAUUGGUUAGUUCGUAUCUUAGCCAGACCAAACCAGCCAGCAAUUUAGAAACCAUUUCAUAUAAAACAGCCCAACAAUUUAGAAACCAAUUCAUACAUAACAGUCCAUUUAUCCCAAAAAAAGAAAAAAAAAAAAAAAAAAAUGUGCGCUGAUUGAAAUCAAUUUCCGUACUGUUUUUCCGCCACAACACAAACCAAAGGGUUUUGCAUUUUCCCCCUAAAUUUCUCUCUCUUUCUCUCUCCUAAAUUUCUUGCCAAUUUCCAUGGCAGAUGAAGCUUCAACCCUAACUUCUACAUCAAAAAUGGCGGAAGAUGAACCAGCGCCUAAUCAGUCUGAAACUACUAACGAGGGAACAAUUCAGUCGAAUGCGCAAGGGGAACACUCUGAAUCAUCUCUCAUAAACCUUGAAUCUUCUGAAAUCUCUGCUGUAAAUGAUCAUGAGAAGAGUCUGGAGUUUGCCGAUGAGUUAAUGGAGAAAGGAAGCUUGACAUUUAAAGAAGGUGACUUCCCUGAUGCUGCUGAACUUUUUAGUCGUGCCCUAGAAAUCAGGGUUGCUCAUUAUGGUGAGCUUGCACCUGAAUGCAUUAAAUCAUACUAUAAAUUUGGCCUUGCCUUGUUGUACAAGGCACAAGAGGAGGCUGAUCCCUUGGGAUCUAUGCCAAAGAAAGAUGCUGAAUCCCAGGAAGGUUCUAAGAUUGAAUCUUCAAAGAAACCUGUUGAGCGUGAAUCAUCCCUAGCUUCUGUUUCAAGUAAUGCUGAGCAAUGUGCAAGUUCAAGUCAACCUGCGAGUUCAAGUCAGCAGCAAGGCGCAGAUGAUGUUCCAAGCAAGGAUGAGGGAGAUGAAGAUGAUGAAAGUGAUACAGAUGAAGUUAAUGAUGCAGAGGAGGAUGAGUCUGACUUGGAUCUGGCGUGGAAAAUGCUUGAUCUUGCUAGAGCAAUUUCAGAAAAGCAGUCCAAGGAGACAAUGGACAUGGUUGAUAUCUUGUCGGCUCUUGCUGAAGUUUCCCUUGAAAGUGAGGAUAUCGAGACAUCUCUCAGUGAUUAUCAGAAAGCACUUGCCAUCUUGGAGAGUUUGGUUGAACCUGAUAAUCGCUAUAUUGCUGAAUUAAACUUCCGCAUCUGCCUUUGUCUAGAGGUUGGCUCCAGGUCCCAAGAAGCUAUUCCGUACUGCGAGAAGGCAAUAUCUGUCUGUAAAUCAAGGAUGCAACGCUUAUUGGAUGAAUUGACGAGAACACCAGAUGCUGCUGAGGAUGCUGCCGCUGAUAAACAAGCAAAAAAAGCAGAGAUUGGAACAUUGAAGAGUCUUUCCAGUGACUUGGAGAAAAAGCUUGAAGAUCUGCAGCAAUUGGUAUCCAACCCAACAUCUAUCCUAUCUGAUAUCCUGGGGUUGGCAGCUGCCAAAGCAAGGGCCAAUGAGCAGGCUUCUGCAUCAGCACCAGCAAGUUCUUCACGUGUUGGUGUUGCCACAAGCAAUGGAGAUUUUGAUUCCCCCACUGUAUCCAGUGCUCACACUAAUGGAGCUGCCAGCGGAGUCACACAUCUUGGUGUUGUGGGCAGGGGAGUAAAGCGUGUGAACAUGAAUUCUGCGAAUGUAGAAUCAGACUCUAGCAAAAGACCUGCCAUUGAUCCUAAACCUGAUACAGGUGAUAGCAGUGCUGCUUGAAGAACAUCAGAUAUUCUAACAACCGGAUGUGUGAGACAUUUCUGAGCAUUUAGAUUCUGAUUGAGCGGCUUAAUAUUCCUCCCUUAUUCUUCUUGUACUAUUUUAUGCAUGUAUGACUUGGAUUGUACCAUGUAGUAGUCUGGCUUUGACUCCUGAAAACGAUAUCCUUCCGAGUGCUGGUUAUGUAUGCUGUAGGAUUUCUGCCUACUGGGGCGCUUAUCUAUGGUUCAUCCUGCUGCCUUUUAUUUA